CCACCAAACAGGAUAAAAAUCCAGAAAGGCCUUCCCAUCACAUGAAUAAAACCACAUAGUAGCAUGUGAUUAGGGUUUAGGGCACAUGGGACAGAUCGGGGCGUGUAAGGAGGACGAUGUUGGGAACCUGAACCCAGCCCGACUCUACUUUAUGAUCCAUUACUUACUGUCAUAUGAUGUUGGGCUUUCCGAACCCAAUACUCGGCGUAUAUGACUGAAGCGAAUACUCAAUAAAGCAAAGGGCGGGGUUCAACGGUCAGUUGACAUUCCACUUCUUCUCUAACCGGUGGAUUAGUGGGCAAUAGUUUUGCACAUGAAAAUAAGUUGAAUGUAAUCGAGCAACAUCCUUUCCUUCUAACAUUAUAUAGUGCAGAGAGUUAGGGUUUAAGGAAAGGCUUAAUAAUGGAAGGCAACAACCUGGAGCAAACACUCCAAGAAGGGAAACUUUACAGGCAACUCAAUUCCCUCAUCGUUGCUCAUCUUCGCCAUCACAAUCUCACCCAAGCUGCAAGAGCUGUGGCUGCAGCAACAAUGACUCCUCUAGACGUUGAAGCCCCUCCAAAUAAGCUCCUUGAGCUUGUUGCUAAGGGUCUUGCAGUGGAGAAAGAUGAGAUGUUAAGAGGGGUUUCUUCUUCUGCAUUGUUUGAUCUGGGGGGAGCUUUGGCUUAUGGCUCGAUUCCGGCUCCUCGGGUUUCUUCUGUUGAUUUUAGUGCUGUGCAGGAUACAAAAGGCUCAUCAAAGAGCUUUCCAAAGCAUGAGACAAGGCAUCUUUCCGAGCACAAGAAUAUUGCAAGGUGUGCAAGGUUUAGUCCUGAUGGGAGGUUUGUUGCUACUGGAAGUGCUGACACAUCAAUUAAGCUCUUUGAGAUAUCAAAAAUAAAGCAAAUGAUGCUGCCAGAUUCAAAGGAUGGUCCUGUGCGACCUGUCAUAAGGACAUUUUAUGACCAUGUACAGCCAAUAAAUGAUUUGGAUUUCCAUCCUCAGAGUACUGUGCUGAUAUCUGGGGCAAAAGAUCACACAAUAAAGUUCUUUGAUUUUUCCAAAGCUACUGCAAAGAGAGCCUUCAGAGUUAUCCAGGAUACUCACAAUGUACGAUCUGUAUCUUUCCAUCCAUCUGGUGAUUUCCUUCUAGCAGGAACUGAUCAUCCGAUAGCACACUUGUACGAUGUUAAUACGUUCCAAUGUUAUCUAUCUGCAAAUCCACCAGAGAUUGGUGUUAAUGGAGCCAUUAAUCAGGUGAGAUAUUCUUCUACAGGUGGCAUGUAUGUUACUGCAUCUAAAGAUGGUGCUAUUCGGUUAUGGGAUGGAAUAAGUGCCAGUUGUGUGCGCUCCAUUGUUGGUGCACAUGGAACAGCAGAGGCCACAAGUGCAUGUUUUACUAAGGAUCAAAGGUUUGUUCUUUCUUGUGGAAAGGAUUCAACUGUAAAGCUUUGGGAGAUUGGCACUGGAAGAUUGGUCAAACAAUAUCUUGGAUCUACUCACACACAAUCGCGGUGCCAGGCUGUUUUUAAUGAUACUGAAGAGUUUGUGCUAUCUAUAGAUGAACCUAGCAAUGAGAUUGUUAUUUGGGAUGCAUUGACAGCAGAAAAAGUGGCAAAGUGGCCUUCCAACCAUAUUGGUGCACCUCGUUGGAUCGAUCACUCACCAACAGAGGCUGCAUUCAUAUCCUGUGGAACUGACAGAUCUGUUCGGUUCUGGAAGGAAAUUCUCUGAGCACACGGAAAUCGGAGUGAUCUGGGGAACUUAAUUGAGCUGACUUGGCAAAAGCUAAAUGCAUGAUAAGUGUGGCUGCCUCUGCCUGAAAUUCUUUUGUGUAUUCAGAGUUUAGAUCUUAAGGCAAAUCUUUGGACUACACUGUACACAUAGUCCCUGAGGCACAUUUUUUUUUUCUCUCUUUUUUCACUUAAUGGAGACAACAUGCAUCGCACUCCCUACUUAAUUUCAUUCGAUUUUUGGUUAUCAUGUGUGAUUAGUGUCGUAGUUGUGGAUUGUUUUAGGAACACUUCCCCUGUAAAAGGAAAUACGUGAAGUUUGAGUUUAGGUGUUCAGCGCCUAGGGAAGUUGGCCCCAGUUGUAAAGCCCAUUUUACAGUUUAAUAAUGUCAGUAUCCAUAUGCUUAAUAUUUCGGUUUCA